UUAAAAAGAAAAAGGUUGCCCUUUGACUAAUGACCAGAAGCAGAAGCUUCGGAAACGCCACCGCUUUCAAGCCCUAACCUUUCUCUCUCGCGCUUCGAUCAUCUUACUGAUCCAACUUCGUGUUCCCCAAAUUUGUUGAUUUCUGAAGCUCCAUUGGCUGAGAAUUUGAUUUUGUGUUGUAUAGGCAGAGGUUUUGCUGUAAGAGAUUGACUUUGGAGAUGGAGACAAUUAUGAGCUAGGGUUGAAAAAGAGCGGCUAUGGAGUCGUUGGAAUUUAUGGCCUUUUAACUGUUUGGUUGGUCAGUGAAAACGAAAUUUUGGAGGCAAAAUGCCGGGAGCUCGGCGUUGUCCCCGAAUCAACACUGGCGAGCUGAAGCUUCAGAUUGUAAGGAAGAUUGGUAAACAGAAAGCGGGGAUGUACUUUAGCCUGUUGUCGAGAUUUAUUCGAUUAAAGGUUAACAAAUUGGAAUUUGAUAAGCUGUGUGUUAGUAUGCUGGGGAGAGAGAACAUCUGCCUUCAUAAUGCACUCAUCCGAGCGCUUAUAAAAAAUGCUAGUUUUGCCGACACUCCCCCGACGAAAGACAACAAAAUGCUAGCUUCUUUGAAUGUGAAAGUGCCGGAUGGGUGUCAAGGCAGCAGUAUUCAGUCACUGUGCAGGGAUGUGUUUCCUCUGUCUCCUAGAAAAGGGAGGACUCAUACCUUUCGUGAUCGCAAGUUCCUAGACCGACCGAGCCCUUUGGGGCCUCAUGUUAAGACUCAUACUGCUAUUUGUGAAGAUUCUGCUCCAAAAGUUCAAGAGCAGCAAAGUGCUACUGAGCUGUUAUCCUUGGGUAGCAGGCAUCCUGUUGAAGUGACUUCUGUUGAAGAUGGAGAAGAGGUUGAACAGGCUGGCAGUCCGGGGAUUUACAGUAAAAGCCCUGUCACAGCUCCCUUUGGUGUCUCAAUGAUUGCAAGGGCGACGAAGAAGGUAUUACUUCAUGGAUCAGCUUCUUUCCCUAACAGAGAGACCUGCCACAGCACCGGAGAGUUGCCCGAUACCAGCUCCCUCAAGAAAAGGUUGGAACAGAAGUUGGAAGCAGAGGGCUUGAAGAUCUCAACUGAUUGUGUUAACUUGUUAAACAACGGGCUGGAUGGUUACAUGAAGAGACUGAUAAAACCUUGCAUGGCUUUAGCUGCUUCAAAGUCACGGCACAAGGUUGUCCAGCAUCAAGCUGUACCUAUUUUAAAUGGGAUAACAAACGUCAGAUAUAUUCAAAAGAUGAAGGAAUCUCCUUCCAUUUCAAUGGAGGACUUCCGUGUGGCAAUGGAGUUAAAUCCUCGUAUACUUGGAGAAGAUUGGCCAAUACAACUUGAGAAGGUUCGCUUGCACACAUCAUAAAGAUUUGUCUGUGCAACAUUCCACCAUACUCUGCCUUUAAGUCCAUCUCAAGUGAUGACUUCAGCCUUCGUUAGCCAAUCUAACAGUGUCACAGAAACCGGCAGUUAACCAAGCAAAUAGCAAGGCAUAUACAUGGUUCCAAACCAUGAAAAGUUUUGGAUCAAAGCUUUUAGGUUGUAUAUACAUCUCAGAGCUGAUUAUAUGAUUGGGGAUUUACCUCAUAAAGUAUGGAGAUCUUAAUACCUAUAAGAUUAUUUCAGCUGUUACAAAUUGUUCUCAGUGGGCUUCCUCAGCCAAUAUCUUCUUGUUGUUGAUCUUCAUUGUUUGUGAAGAAUAAAACUCAAUAUUUACAUAUACAGACUAUACUGCAUUUGUUUCUCU